AUGCAUAAGCUCCCUGUAACUGCGCCCUCCCCAGCCUCUUCCGACCAGCCUCCAAGUUAUCAUCCCUCUGUAUUGUAUUCCUUUACUUGUUUCAAUACGACCAACUCUUUUGACGCUGAUAAUAACGACUUUAAUAGCCUCUCCCAGGUUUUUGACUGUUCAAAUCUACAAGCACAAGCUUCUCGAUUCUGGACAUGCCCAUUCCCAGGUUGCACUGCCCUGGUGGCUCGGGACAUACUACCAAAUCUAGACGUGUUGAUUACUACGAUUGACAGUUUUCAAAAACAUCUUGGCACCAUUGCAAGUACAGAAAAUUCUACGACCAAGUUCUCAGGGCUUUCAAGCCAGAUUGCCAAAAUCACAUGGCCUACUCACCAAACGCACAUCGACCGACUGCUCUUUCCCGGCGGCCUGGCUGGCCUAUUAGUUCCCUGA